AUGUGUCAUCGGAUCGAUGAUGUUAUGAAGCUGUGUUGUGAGUUAUCUGCCAAUCAGCAAAUCCAGACCACAGUGAAGGGCUCAGGGAAGGGAGCAGCAGCAGCUGGGGGUCUGGCCUUCGCUGGAGGAUUGGUUGGAGGUCCUCUAGGUAUCGCAGUGGGUGGUGCUGUAGGAGGCCUUCUUGGCUGCUGGCUGACCAGUGGACAGUUUAAACCGCUGCCUCAGAUCAUCAUGGAGCUCAGCCCUCAGCAGCAGCAGAAGCUUUACAGUGACCUCGUGGCCAUCCUGGGAGAAAUUCAGUGGACAGAUGUGGCCCAGCUAACAGCUCUAGUGAUGGGCAACGCCGCACUGAAGCAGCAGCUUACAGCCGCUCUUCUUGGGUAUAUCACCAAGGAGCUCCAAGCAGAGGUGCAUUAUGUGGAUUAGAGUUUGUGGACACACUGCCUCAGGAGGAGCCUUUGAAGAAAACACGAACUGUUUUUAUAAAGCUGGAAAGACUUAAUUAAAUGUGAAAUCAUAUAAUGUAAAAUUGUGAAGACAUCACAGUCCUGGUAACAGGUAACACUGGUUAAAAGUUUGCCCAUUAAUGUGAAUUCCAACAGCUGUAUAACUGGAUUUAUUUAUCAUGUGAAGUGCACUCAUCAGCUGAAGAAUUCUUUAAUUAUGCCUACAAUGCCACUGAUCAAUAGGGGUGGGGGAAAAAAUGAAUACAGCAUAGUAUCGCAAUAUUUUGCGUGGCAAUAUUGUAUUGAUACAUGGACUCCAAGUAUUGAUCUUUUAUUAUAUAAAUUGCAAAUGAAAAUUGAAGUUUUUGGUACUAGAAUAAUAAAAUCAACUGCUUUUUCAGUCCACUAGAUGGCUCUAGUUUGUUUUCUGGUGAGGCCAGCACAGGUGACAGUCAGCAUGCAGGAUGUAGUUUUCCUUUGGGGACAUAAUUUGCAGUUGAAAAAAGGUAAUGAAUUGCAAUAUAUCGCAACAUAUUUAAAAUUUGCGAUAGUAUUGUGAUAAUAUUGUAUCAUGGAACCAUUGGUGAU